AUGGAGUCUCUCCUGCUGCCCGUGCUGCUGCUGUUGGCCGUACUUUGGACACAGGCAGCCGCCCUCAUUAACCUCAAGUACUCGGUAGAAGAGGAACAGCGCGCCGGGACGGUAAUCGCCAACGUGGCCAAGGACGCUCGUGAGGCGGGUUUCGCUCUGGAUCCACGGCAGGCCUCUGCCUUUCGUGUGGUGUCCAACUCAGCUCCGCACCUGGUGGAUAUUAACCCCAGUUCGGGCCUGCUUGUCACCAAGCAGAAGAUCGACCGCGACCUGCUGUGCCGCCAGAGCCCCAAGUGCAUCAUAUCGCUUGAGGUCAUGUCCAGCUCAAUGGAGAUAUGUGUGAUUAAGGUGGAGAUCAAGGAUCUGAACGACAAUGCGCCCAGCUUUCCAGCGGCACAAAUUGAGCUGGAGAUCUCAGAGGCGGCUAGUCCGGGCACGCGCAUCCCGCUGGACAGCGCCUAUGACCCGGACUCCGGCAGCUUUGGCGUUCAGACGUAUGAGCUCACGCCUAAUGAGCUGUUUGGCCUGGAGAUCAAGACGCGUGGCGAUGGCUCACGAUUUGCGGAACUUGUAGUGGAGAAGAGUCUGGAUCGAGAGACGCAGUCGCACUACAGCUUUCACAUCACUGCGCUCGACGGCGGCGACCCACCGCACCUGGGCACUGUUGGCCUCAGCAUCAAGGUGACCGAUUCCAAUGACAACAACCCGGUGUUUGGCGAGUCCACCUAUGCAGUGAGCGUGCCAGAGAACUCACCUCCCAGUACACCGGUCAUCCGCCUCAAUGCCAGCGACCCAGACGAAGGCACCAAUGGACAGGUGGUCUACUCCUUCUAUGGCUAUGUCAAUGACCGCACGCGCGAGCUUUUCCAGAUCGAUCCGCACAGUGGCCUGGUCACAGUCACUGGUGCCCUAGACUAUGAAGAGGGCCACGUGUACGAACUGGACGUGCAGGCCAAGGACUUAGGACCCAACUCCAUCCCGGCACACUGCAAGGUGACCGUCAGCGUUCUGGACACCAAUGACAACCCACCGGUCAUCAACCUGCUGUCAGUUAACAGCGAGCUGGUGGAGGUGAGCGAGAGUGCCCCUCCAGGCUACGUGAUUGCGCUGGUGCGGGUGUCUGAUCGGGACUCUGGCCUCAAUGGGCGCGUGCAGUGCCGUUUGCUGGGCAACGUGCCCUUUCGGCUUCAGGAGUAUGAGAGCUUCUCUACUAUCCUGGUGGACGGACGGCUGGACCGUGAGCAGCAUGACCAGUACAACCUCACGAUCCAGGCGCGUGACGGCGGUGUGCCCAUGCUGCAGAGUGCUAAGUCCUUUACAGUUCGAAUAACUGACGAGAAUGACAACCACCCGCACUUCUCCAAGCCCUACUACCAGGUCAUUGUGCAGGAGAACAACACGCCCGGCGCCUACCUGCUUUCUGUGUCUGCCCGAGACCCUGACCUGGGUCUCAAUGGCAGUGUCUCCUACCAGAUCGUGCCAUCGCAGGUGCGGGACAUGCCUGUCUUCACCUAUGUCUCUAUCAACCCCAACUCCGGUGACAUCUACGCGCUUCGAUCCUUCAACCACGAGCAGACCAAGACAUUCGAAUUCAAGGUGCUGGCCAAGGAUGGCGGCCUGCCCUCGCUGCAGAGCAACGCCACCGUUCGGGUCAUCAUCCUCGAUGUCAAUGAUAAUACUCCGGUCAUCACGGCCCCACCCCUGAUCAAUGGCACUGCAGAGGUCUACAUCCCCCGCAACUCUGGCAUAGGCUACCUGGUGACGGUCGUCAAAGCAGACGACUACGAUGAGGGCGAGAACGGCCGGGUCACCUACGACAUGACCGAGGGCGACCGUGGCUUCUUUGAAAUAGAUCAGGUCAAUGGAGAAGUCAGAACCACUCGCACCUUUAGUGAGAGCUCAAAGGCUUCUUAUGAGCUUAUUGUGGUGGCCCACGACCAUGGCAAGACGUCUCUCUCUGCCUCUGCACUCCUAUUAAUCUACCUGUCCCCUGCUCUUGAUACCCAAGAGUCAAUGGGCUCGGUGAACUUGUCCCUCAUUUUCAUUAUCGCCCUGGGCUCCAUUGCGGGCAUCCUCUUUGUCACUAUGAUCUUCGUGGCGAUCAAGUGCAAGAGAGACAACAAAGAGAUCCGGACCUACAACUGCAGUAAUUGUUUAACCAUCACUUGUCUCCUCGGCUGUUUUAUAAAAGGACAAAACAGCAAGUGUCUGCAUUGCAUCUCGGUUUCUCCCAUUAGCAAGGAGCAAGACAAAAAGGCAGAGGAGAAAGUGAGCCUGAGGGGAGAGAGAAUCGCUGAGUACUCCUAUGGGCAUCAAAAGAAAUCAAGCAAGAAGAAAAAAAUCAGUAAGAAUGACAUUCGUCUGGUACCCCGGGAUGUGGAGGAGACAGACAAAAUGAAUGUUGUCAGUUGCUCCUCCCUGACCUCUUCCCUCAACUAUUUCGACUACCACCAGCAGACACUGCCCCUGGGCUGCCGCCGCUCUGAGAGUACUUUCCUGAAUGUGGAGAACCAGAAUACCCGCAAUAUCAGCACCAACCACAUCUAUCAUCACUCUUUCAACAGCCAAGGUCCCCAGCAGCCAGACUUGAUCAUCAAUGGUGUGCCUCUGCCUGAGACUGAAAACUAUUCCUUUGACUCCAACUAUGUGAACAGCCGAGCCCAUUUAAUCAAAAGCAGCUCCACCUUCAAGGACUUAGAGGGCAACAGUCUGAAGGAUAGUGGUCAUGAAGAGAGUGACCAGACUGACAGUGAACAUGAUGUCCAGCGGAGCCUAUACUGUGAUACUGCUGUCAAUGAUGUGCUGAACACCAGUGUGACGUCCAUGGGAUCUCAGAUGCCUGACCAUGAUCAGAAUGAAGGAUUUCAUUGCAGGGAAGAAUGCAGGAUUCUUGGCCACUCUGACAGGUGCUGGAUGCCCCGGAACCCCAUGCCCACCAGGUCCAAGUCCCCUGAGCAUGUGAGGAAUGUCAUAGCUCUGUCCAUUGAAGCUACUGCUGCUGAUGUUGAGGCUUAUGACGACUGCGGCUCCACCAAGCGGACUUUUGCAACCUUUGGAAAAGAUGUCAGUGACCACCCAGCUGAGGAGAGGCCCACCCUGAAAGGCAGAAGAACGGUUGAUGUGACCAUCUGCAGCCCCAAGGUCAACGGCGCUAUUCGGGAGGCGGGCAAUGGUUGUGAGGCUAUUAGCCCUGUCACCUCCCCCCUACACCUCAAGAGCCCUCUGCCCACCAAGCCCUCCGUGUCUUACACCCUGGCGCCCCCGGGCCGUGAUCUGGAGCAGUAUGUCAACAAUGGCCCUUCUCGUCCCUCUGAAGCUGAGCCCCGUGGAGCCGACAGCGAGAAAGUCAUCCAUGAGGUCAACCCCGCUCUGAAGGACGGUCGCGACAAAGAAUCUCCUGGUAUGAAGCGUCUGAAAGAUAUCAUUCUCUAAAGCAGACUAGGGGAAGAAGAGAGAGAAUCCAUACUGGUUAUUGAAGAAGAAGGAGCUGAUUGUUUUAAUUGCUCACUAAUGGUUGGUUCUUGAGUGGCUGUGAUUUCAGAGCUUUCCCUAAAUGUAUUGUUUAUAAGUGACUAUCAUUCUUUGACAAUCCCUCUUGUUUCAACAAGCAGCAGGGGUGUUCAGUUGGAGCAAAUUAGCUUUGGUUUGAGUUGUUCAUGGGGCCUUGAUGUUGGGGAAACAGACAAAUUCAGUUGUGAAAAGUAUUAUGUAUUAAGUGUUUGAAUUUGUAUAUUUUUCUGUCAAAAUCAUAAUAUAAAUUACCAUUGUUUGUGGAGGAUUACAUUUAAAAAAGCAAAAAAAAAAAAAAGAAAAGAAGAAAGAAAGCUCUGGACAUCUUUAAUAAGCUUGCCACUGUUUUGUAGUGUAGACAAGUUAAUGGUCAUUUAUUGUGUACUAUUCCUUGAUUCAGUGAUGUGAAAUUGAGUCCCCAAAAGGUUGUUUCUGAAGCUUGAGUACUUUCCAGUUACGCUACUUUGCUAUGGACACCCCUGCUUUAAGAACCCUUUUGCUAGCUGUGCUGUUGUUGUAUUUGAUAUUGCAAAUUGCUAUGUAUGUGGUGAUGGCAAAAGGCUUUUAGAAGUUGGUGUUUUUUUUUUUCUUAAAAAAAUAAAACUAUAGACAAAAACAAAGUGCAAAAAACUGAGAUGGCAAGUGAAAGAGCAACACCACACAUAUAGAUUGAACACUUGGAGGAUACUCACUCAUGGAGGAUACCCUUGUAGUGAUUGCUCACUACCUUGCAGAGUAUUUUUCCUGCCUUUCAGUCUUCUGCCCAGAUCAGUGAUAGAUCGUCAUAGAAAGUCAUUCAUGGAUAUUCUGCUAUGUAAUUUGCAGUUGUUAGAAAUACUGUCCUAAAAGUUUUAUGAGAUCAAUUUUUAAAAUUUUCAGGACCUGAAUGGGAAAGAAGCUCCUGAAGUUAUCAGUUUCCAGGCUUAGAAAUUCCCUGUCUCUAAUCAUCUAAAACUCAAAAAGACUGAAUCUAUUUUGAGAUCUAAAUUAACAUCUUUUCAGACACAUACUUCCUGAUUCAGUGUUUCCAAUCAUGAUUAGAAUUAGACUGCAAAGCAUGUUGGGGGCUAGAACUGAGAACUCCAUGUUGCUCUAUAUUGUAGGAUUAUAAAUAGGAAUGGAGUAAGCAGUACAAAGUGUACAUUUAGGAAAAGACAGGUAGGUAACCAGUAACAGCAUCACAAAUCCAAUUACUGUGCCUUCUAAAUGGAUACACUUGGACACUUGAACUCCUCUUUUUAUGGCUAAUACUUUUUUUAAAG